AUGGAUCAUUCUAAACAGCCCGAGGUGGAUUCCCAGAUCGAUUACGAUGCUGCGAUCCGUUACUGGACCGGAGUGGAACCCACUGUGGAUGGAGUUCUUGGUGGAUUUGGCGAGCGUACCAGCGUUCCCAAGGCAGACGUUGUUGGGUCGAUGAGUUUCAUUCGUAAACUCAAGUCGCGGUUUUCUUGUGAGCCAGGCAAAAUCAAGUACGGGCUCGAUUUCGGAGCCGGUAUUGGUCGUGUUACUAGAGAUUUCCUGAACAAAGUGUGCGACAAGGUGGACUUGCUCGAACCUGUCGAGCCGUUCGUUUACCAGAUGCGCAAAGAGUUGGCUCCACUAGUUCAGGCUGGCAAAAUUGGAGACAUCUACGAGAUCCCAAUGCAGGACUGGAUCCCACAGGAACACGGUAAGUACUACCUGUUGUGGUGCCAGUGGUGUUGUGGCCACUUGCCAGACGAUGCAUUCUUGGUCUGGCUCGACCGGUGUAAGGAUGCGCUACAGGAGGACGGACUGUUGGUAGUGAAGGAGAACAACGUUAUUGGCGAUGAGGACGUGUAUGACCCGGAGGACUCGAGCAAAACACGGACCGACGAGAACUUCCGCGCGUUGUUUGCCAAAGCGGGAUGGAAGCUGAUUGCUACAGAUUUACAAAAAGGAGUUCCAAAAGAAUUAUAUCCGAUCAGAAUGUAUGCAUUAAAGAAAUAG